UAUUGUUGUUAUUUUUUGUUGGCACUUAAUUUGAUUUGAUCUAGCUUUGCGCUAUGAUAUAGCAGUUUAUUUUCAUUAACUAAGACCUUCUAAUGGCGCGAAAUGUGCUACAGAGCAGCCUACUGGGCGCUGGCUUCAGUAUCAUCUUUCAGAUACUGUGCCGCAUCCUUACGUUCGGCAUCAACGCCUAUAUUGUGCGCAAUGUAGGUCGCGAGGUGUUGGGCAUUAUGAACGUGCGCCUACUGCUGCUCGAGAGCACGCUGCUCUUCUUGUCUCGCGAGGCCAUCAACCGGGCCGCGCUGAGCGCCAACUCGCAGCAGCGCGAGAAGUGCUCUUGGGCACAGUUGAUCAAUCAGAUGUGGCUUACCGUACCUAUUUGCGCAGCUCUAUGCGUCCCCUGUCUCUACAUUUGGCUGCACUGGCUCUCGGCAGUGGAUGUACCCUAUAGCGCGCAGUAUGAGUUCGCUUGUUAUGCGGUGGCGCUGUCCUGCGUCCUGGAGCUGGUCGCCGAAUCGACGGUAUUUGUGGCUCAAGUCUUUUGCUUUGUCAAGCUGAAAAUUGUGCUCAAUACUCUGCACAUUCUGGUGCGCUCGGCCAUCUUCUUGUGGAUUGUCACGGGCGAUCGAAGCGCGGCCAUCAAUGCCUUUGCCAUCGCCCAGCUGUCCAGCGCCCUCACCAUAGUCCUAGGUCAAUAUGGAUUCUUCCUGUUCUACAUUAACCGAUUCAACGACUUCAAACUGCGCCAGCAAACGCGCAAGACCAAAACUGUCCAGGCUCCAAACUCCUGGGAGCGUUCGCUCUUUGAUCACAUGGACGAUUUCCCAUUCACCAAGCUGUCCCAGCUGCUCCCAGGCGUGCUGAGCUGCUCUGGCGGCGAGCCAUGGCUCAACAGGGAGCUGCAGACGCUGACGCUCAGCUUUGUGAAGCAGGGCGUGCUCAAGCAGAUCCUCACCGAGGGCGAGAAGUACGUAAUGUCUGUGUCGCCGGUGCUCAGCUUUGGGGAGCAGGCCACCUACGACGUGGUGAACAACCUGGGCAGCAUGGCGGCCCGCUUCAUAUUCCGGCCCAUCGAGGACAGCGCCUACUUCUACUUCACGCAAACUAUCGCCCGAGACACACGGCUCAGCAAGCAGCCGCAGGAGCGGGUGCGCCAAGCGAGCAGCGUGCUCAACAACCUGCUGCUGGGCGUCAGCUCAAUCGGGCUGCUGGCCUUCACCUUCGGCCAGAGCUACUCGCACACGCUCCUGCUGCUGUAUGGCGGCGAGGACUUCGUUGCCGGCGGUCUGCCCCAGCGCCUGCUCCAGUGGCACUGCCUGGCCAUCUAUCUGUUGUCCGUGAAUGGCAUCAGCGAGGGCUACAUGUUCGCGACUAACACUAGCCGGGACAUUGACAAGUACAACUACCUAAUGGCCAUAUUUUCGAUCAGCUUCCUGGUGCUCUCGUACAUCCUGACGGGCAUAUUCGGCCCGGUCGGCUUCAUCUUUGCCAACUGCAUCAAUAUGCUGGGCCGCAUCUUGUAUAGCACACGGUACAUAUGGCAUCAGUAUCAGCCACUCGGCCUGAAUCCGCUCCAGGGCCUCUGGCCGGGCAAACUUUUUGGUGGCACGCUCGUGCUAGCUGGCCUAGCUUGCUACUGGUAUCGCAAUGCUGUCUUCGGCACACAUAUGGGCAUUGGCCUGGCCGCUGGAGUCCUCUGCUUGGUCGCCUGGGCGCUGGCGCAUCGGGAUCUGAUGCUUCUGGGCUGGAAGUAUGGACGCCGCAUCAAGAUUGAAUGAUGCGGAGGGCCAAAGUAGUUUGUUUCCCUAUGUUGCUGCAGUUACUUGAACUCUACUUCCUAACCUGAGGCACAACUUACGCUUCUAUGCAUCGCACAUCAUCUUGGAUAUACUACGUAAAUACUUAACUAUUUAUACAAUAUACAUAUAUA